CUGACCUGAAGUUGGAAGGGCUUAUUUCAUGGUUCUCUCAAUCUAACACAGCACUCCGCAAAACCCUUCAUAGAAUGUUCAACAGUUAGUUCGUCAUUGCAAGAAACUGAUCACACCAUGAAAAGAGAGGGGCAAUACUUGUGCACACCUAUGGGCAUCCAGGCAAAUCACCUACAGCACACAAGCAGUUUGCUUUUCUCCAUUAUGUUCAUUACGUUCCUGUUUCCAAGGAUGGUUCCAGCAACACAAUUCCCCAAAACCUUGCCUUGCGAUAUGGUUUCUGGUAGCGAAUAUUUGCUAGCAAACUGCAGUGAGCGUGGCCUCGUAACAUUCCCAACAUUCCCACAAGAAAUGCCUGCCAACAUUACUAACCUGACACUCGCCAUUAACCACAUCCCAAUGAUUGCCCAAAGCUAUUUUGACAACCUCAAGAAUCUUCUGGAAAUUGAUUUCAGGUGCAACUGUGUGCCUCCUAUGUUGGGGCCCAAAAACAAGGUGUGUACCACGAUUCCCCAAAUCAAACCUGGCAGUUUUGCCAAACUCCACAAACUAAAAUCACUCUAUUUAGAUGGAAAUCGACUAUCCGCCAUCCCUCUGGAUCUGCCUUCAAAUUUGCGUCUUCUAAGUCUCGAAGCAAACCACAUUUUUAGCCUCAAUAAUUUGUCAGGACUUAGCAACCUAGAAAGUCUCUUCCUUGGUCAGAACUGCUAUUACCGCAAUCCUUGCAAUGUUUCCUAUAGCAUUGAUGCAACAGCAUUUCAGGCCCUUGGGAAGUUAACUGUGUUAUCCUUAAAAGCUAAUAACAUAUCAAAAGUCCCAGAGAAUCUGCCAUCCUCCUUAAUGGAACUUUACCUUUACAAUAACGUAAUUCGGAAUAUUAGUGGGGAUGAUUUAGCCAGCCUUCGUAAUUUGAAAAUCCUGGACUUAAGCGGCAACUGCCCUCGCUGUCACAAUGCCCCCUAUUACUGUGUGGAAUGUGAAGGUCAGGCAAGUAUUUUUAUCAAUUCCAGUGCUUUCGACUCCUUAACACAAUUGGAAGUUCUGCGGCUGCACAGCACCUCCCUUCGCAGAGUGGAUCCAAAGUGGUUUAAGAAUACUAUGAAACUUAAAGUGCUCGAUCUCUCACAGAACUAUUUGGCUAAAGAAAUUGAGUGCGCUCACUUUCUGAAGUAUCUUCCUAACCUUGUAAGCUUGGAUUUGUCUUUCAAUUUUGAUCUGGGGUCAUAUCCCCAAAAUCUGAAGCUACCAGACACAUUUUCUACUCUUACCGAUCUUCAAUUCUUAGGUUUGAGGGGUUUAAUUUUCUGGGAACUGAAUAACUAUACUUUAGGCAAUUUGAUUCCUCUACAAAAUCUUAACGUGCUGGAUUUUGGGACUAAUUUCAUCAGGAAUGUUGAUGUGUCUAAGUUCAAAAGCUUCCCAGCUCUUAAAGUUAUAAAUCUUUCCUUCAAUAAAAUAUCUCUCAUUUCAAGUGGAUCCAGUGGUAAUUUAAACUCUCUUCCAAAGCAUUCAUUAGCUGAAAGUAAUAGUGUUGUGCUGAAAGAUAUGCAUUACUUCAGAUACGAUGAGUAUGGCCGAAGUUGCAAGUGCAAAGACAGAGAGGCUGCUUAUCCAUUGCCUUUUGCCGGUGACACUUCUUGCAGCAGCCAUGGAGCAAUGCUGGAUUUGAGCAGAAACAACAUGUUUUUUAUCAAGCCCUCUGAUUUCAAGGACCUCACUUUCCUCAAGUGCCUCAACUUGUCUGCUAAUGCUAUGAGCCAAACUCUCAAUGGAACUGAAUUCAAAUAUCUUUCCAACUUGAAAUACCUGGAUUUUUCUAACAACCGGAUUGACUUGCUAAAUUCAAAUGCCUUUAAAGAGCUGGAAAAACUAGAAGUUCUCGACCUCAGUGAUAAUAGUUACUAUUUUAAGGCGGAAGGCAUCACUCACAUGUUGGGCUUCAUUGGUAAUCUUAUUAAUCUCAAAACGUUGUUCAUGAACGGGAAUGAGAUUUCUACAUCCACUGAUAAAGGGAUGGCAAGCAGUUCACUCACAACUCUGGAAUUUAGAAAGAAUCGCUUAAAUGUUUUAUGGCAGGAUGGGAAUGAGGAAUUCUGGCCCUUGUUCAAGAACCUGACCAGCCUAAAGACUCUUGACGUUUCUGAAAACUCUCUAACCUUUUUACCUUUAGGCGUGUUCAAUAACUUGCCUCCCAUGCUCGAGGUGUUCAUAUUGGCAAGUAACAAAAUGAAGAGUUUUAAUUGGGGAAAACUUUACCUUCUGGAAAACCUAAAAACCUUGGAUCUUAGCAACAACCAGUUGACUACAGUCCCCCGUGAGCUAUCCAACUGCUCCAGGGGCCUGGAAACCCUCAACAUGCAAAACAACAGGAUUAGAAAACUGACAAAAAACUUUCUUCAAGGUGCCUCUCAGCUGAAACAUUUGGAUCUCAGUUUUAACAAAAUCAGAACACUUAGUAAUUUCAGCUUCCCCAAGAACGUUAUUGACAAGCUAAACACAUUAGUUUUACACGGUAAUCCUUUCCGAUGUGACUGUGAUCUCGUGUGGUUUGUCUCAUGGGUCAACAAGACAAACGUGACUAUUCCUUUACUAGCAACAGAUGUGACAUGUGCAGGCCCAGGUGCAUGGAAAGGUAAAAGUGUGGUUUUCUUGGAUCAGAAUACCUGCGAGCUGAACUAUUCUUCGAUCCUGUACUUAAUUACUGUCUCAGUCAUCAUGUCUCUGAUGCUGGUCACAGUAAUGAGCCACUUGUAUUUCUGGGAUGUGUGGUAUAUCUAUCAUUUAUGCACUGCCAGUUUGAAAGGAUAUAAACGCCUCUCUUCAUCCAAAGCUAUUUACGAUGCUUUCAUUGCUUACGAUAAGAAAGAUGCAGCUGUAAAUGAGUGGGUCCUAAAAGAAUUACUUGAAAAGCUUGAAGAUGGCAGAGAGAAACGAUUCAAGCUAUGUUUGGAAGACAGAGAUUGGCUACCAGGGCGGCCAGUCCUGGAAAACCUUUCUGAGAGUAUACAAGAGAGCAGAAAAACUGUAUUCGUGCUAACAAACAGGUAUAUCUCGAGCGGCAACUUCAAGACAACCUUUUACUUGGCACACCAGCGCCUUGUGGAUGAAAAAGCUGAUGUAAUCAUCCUGGUGUUCCUUGAAAAGGUUUUGCAAACCUCAAAGUAUCUCCGCCUCAGGAAAAGAUUGUGUAACAGGUCCGUCCUUGAAUGGCCAACUAACCCUCAGUCUCAGUGGUAUUUCUGGCAGUGCCUGAGAAAUUCACUAGCAGCAAACCAUGACUUGAGCUAUAACAAGCUUUUUAAAGAGAUGGUAUAGCUUGGUCACAUUCUACAAAAAAGUUCUGUAGGUUAAAGCCACACUGAACUGAAUGAACGGAAUGAGGCUCAAUCUCAGCCUUUGCACCGGGCGAAAUUUUUAAACAUUUGAUGGAAUAGCAGCAGCUCAUGGAACAUUCAACACCUACUGCUGGAAUAUAGGAGGCUUAGCUUAUUUGAGAAAAGUGCUGCAAAGGAAGCCUAGUUUGUCAACUGAACUUUUUAGAUACUAAAUGUUGGGAUAUGCUAGGAGGUUGUGGCAGAUUUGUAUAUACAGUGGAACCUCGGUUUAUGAACACCUCGGUUUAUGAAUUUUCAGUUUAUGAACGCUGCGGACCCAUCUGGAACGGAUUAAUUCAUUUUCCAUUACUUUCAAUGGGAAAGUUUGCUUCAGUUUAUGAAUGCUUCAGUUUAUGAACAGACAUCCGGAACCAAUUACACCCAUGCUUCAGUUUAUGAACGCUUCAGUUUAAGUACUCCACGGACCCGUCUGGAACGGAUUAAUCCACUUUCCAUUACUUUCAAUGGGAAAGUUUGCUUCAGUUUAUGAACGCUUACUCCGCGGACCGUCUGGAACGGAUUAAUUCACUUUCCAUUACUUUCAAUGGGAAAGUUCGCUUCAGUUUAUGAACGCUUCAGUUUAUGAACAGACUUCCAGAACCAAUUGUGUUCAUAAACCAAGGUACCACUGUACUCUUAAACAUCUGAGGUGGGAAAGAUAAAUAGAACAGUAGCUAUAAGCUUCUGAAGCCACUAUUUAUAAUUCUUGUAUAUACAUAUCCUUGAGAAACUAGAAGAUGCAUUAUUACUCAGACUGAAAAGUGUAUUAGGCAGUGUAGUGCCUAGGUAACAUUUGAAGCCAUUGAUUUAAAUCUCAAGUCAUUUUAUAAACUCAAUUGGGGGCACUAAGCCAGGAAUAGGGACCUCUCGCCUAGGGACCAAAUGUGGUGCCCUAGCCUUGAGAGUCUCUCCAAGCCAUGUUCUUAAUCAGCCCUCCUCCUUAACCAGCCCUCCUGGCACCUUCCUGGAGUAUUUCCACCUGCUUGGAAUGGGUUCUUGAACUCUGACGCCGCCUCUUGCUUGCUCGGAUGGAGGCUGGAUGUGUGUGUUAUGCUUAGGAGCUAACCUACUGUUUGAAAGGUAGAAUUUGCACUCGUUGCUCUGCCCAAUUUUGCCUCUGGCCCCGCUCACCAAGGGCACACAGCCCCCAGAACAUUGCCCAGAAGGGAAUGUAGACCUCAGCCCUCAAUUAAGAUAAUCAAGGCAUGUCCACCUAAGCUCCUAUAUAGGCCUCUUCCCAGAGGGGGCUACUUCCAGCAUUUCAGACCGCUAGCCAUAAGAGAAACAAAAAUGGUGAUAUGUGAAAGCAAAAAUAAGACAUAAAACAGAGUGUUUUGUUUACAUAUUCAGGUGGCCUGAGAGUACCUAUUCACCAUGGUCUAAUCUUGUGCAAUCAAAACAGAAAUAUUUUAAUAAUAUUUAUGAACAUUUUUAACUCUUUGAUAUGACGGCAUCUAUAACAGUUAACAAAAAACAAAUAAUUUUUUUACCAAAUUACUUCUCUUAAUGGCUUAGAUUUGCAGCUUUAAGAUGAGAAAAUAUGCCACAUCAAAAGUCAAAAUAUAAAAUUUGAGGUCCUCUUUAAGUUUAAGGUCCCAAACCCGAAAGGUAUUCCUCCCCUCCACUGCAAUUGGCAUUGAUCCCAAAAGUGAUUUGAGAUUAACAAUACUGUUCUAUCUUACAGGGUUUGGAUACAAAUUCUUGAUAUAAUUAUUUGGAAUGCUUAUACUAAUGUAGAACCUAACAAUAAGAAGCUGUUUAAUUCACCACAACGGAUUAUCAAAAAUAACUUUUAAAAGUAUCACUCUUAGCCAACCAUCUUAGUUGCCGAUGACAUUUGGACAAUCCACAUCAGAAUCUGGAAGAUCUGGGUCCAGAACACAAAUACUUAUUUUCAACUAUGCUGAGCUGUCCAAGAGUUGUCCAAGACUAGAAAUAGUAUAUCCCUUUGUGCCAUGAAGCAGUUCUGUGGUACUACAAACUGCUACUGCUUUUCUGUCCCCAGAGUGGCUUCUAUUUGUGUGUGGAAAUAUCUGCUUGUUGUGGAAGGUAAUGUUAGCAUUGUUAACAGUGUUUUACUUAACUAUGUUGUGAAUACUCUUGUGUUAGCUUUCAAUAAACUUUAUCUUA